AUGAUCACAGUCAACCCCGAUGGGAAGAUCAUGGUCAGAAGAUGCCUGGUCACCCUGAGACCGUUCCGGCUCUUCGUCCUGGGCAUCGGCUUCUUCUCGCUCUGCUUCCUGAUGGCGUCCCUGGGGGGCCAGUUCUCCGCCCGGCGCCCGGGGGACUCCCCGUUCACCAUCCGCACAGAAGUGACGGGGGCGCUGGAGUCCCGGGGUGUCCUCCGCAAGAUGAGCGACCUGCUGGAGCUGAUGGUGAAGCGCGUGGACGCGCUGGCCAGGCUGGAGAACAGCAGCGAGCUGCACCGCGCGCCCGGGCACGGGCAUGGGCACGGGCACUUGGCCCUGGACAGGUGGCCCCCGGGCGCCGGCCUCAUGGAGCGGAUCCAGGCCAUCGCGCAGAACGUCUCGGACAUCGCCGUGAAGGUGGACCAGAUCCUGCGCCACAGCCUCGUCCUGCACAGCAAGGUGUCCGAAGGCCGGCGGGACCAGUGUGAGGCGCCCAGUGACCCCAAGUUCCCUGACUGCUCAGGGAAGGUGGAGUGGAUGCGCGCCCGCUGGACGUCGGACCCCUGCUACGCCUUCUUCGGGGUGGACGGCACCGAGUGCUCCUUCCUCAUCUACCUCAGCGAGGUCGAGUGGUUCUGCCCCCCGCUGCCCUGGAGGAACCGGACGGCCCCCCACACGGCCCCCAAGCCCCUCCCCAAGGCCCAGGCAGUUUUCCGGAGCAACCUGUCUCACCUCCUGGACCUGAUGGGCAGCGGGAAGGAGUCUCUAAUCUUCAUGAAGAAACGGACCCGGCGGCUCGCGGCCCAGUGGGCACUGGCCGCCCAGCGCCUGGCGCGGAAGCUGGGGGGCACCCAGAGGGACCAGAAGCAGAUCCUCGUCCACAUCGGCUUCCUGACGGAGGAGUCGGGGGACGUGUUCAGCCCGAGGGUGCUGAAGGGCGGGCCCCUGGGGGAGAUGGUGCAGUGGGCGGACAUCCUGGCCGCUCUCUACGUCCUGGGCCACGGCCUGCGGGUCACGGUGUCCCUGAAGGAGCUGCAGAGUAACUUAGGGGUGCCGCCGGGCCGGGGGAACUGCCCGCUCACCGUGCCCCUGCCCUUCGACCUCAUCUACACCGACUACCACGGCCUGCAGCAGAUGAAGCAGCACAUGGGGCUGUCCUUCAGGAAGUACCGGUGCCGCAUCCGGGUCAUCGACACCUUCGGGACGGAACCCGCGUACAACCACGAGGAGUACGCCACGCUGCACGGCUACCGGACCAACUGGGGCUACUGGAACCUCAACCCCAAGCAGUUCAUGACCAUGUUCCCUCACACCCCCGACAACUCCUUCAUGGGCUUCGUGUCGGAGGAGCUGAACCAGACGGAGAAGCAGCGCAUCAAGGCGGGCAAGGCCAGCAACAUGGCCGUGGUGUACGGCAAGGAGGCCAGCAUCUGGAAGCUCCAGGGGAAGGAGAAGGUCCUGAGCAUCCUGAGCGAGCACAUGGAGGUCCACGGCACCGUGUUCUACGAGAGCCAGCGGCCCCCCGAGGUCCCCGCCUUCGUCAAGAACCACGGGCUCUUGCCGCAGCCCGAGUUCCAGCAGCUGCUGCGCAAGGCGAAGCUCUUCAUAGGGUUCGGCUUCCCCUACGAGGGCCCCGCGCCCCUGGAGGCCAUUGCCAACGGCUGUGUCUUCCUGCAGUCCCGCUUCAGCCCGCCCCACAGCUCCCUCAACCACGAGUUCUUCCGAGGCAAGCCCACCUCCAGGGAGGUGUUCUCGCAGCACCCGUAUGCGGAGCGCUUCAUCGGCAAGCCCCACGUGUGGACCGUGGACUACAACAACUCGGAGGAGUUUGAGGCCGCCAUCAAGGCCAUCAUGAGGACCCAGGUAGAGCCGUACCUGCCCUAUGAGUACACCUGCGAGGGGAUGCUGGAGCGAAUCCAUGCCUACAUCCAGCACCAGGACUUCUGCGCAGCCCCAGGCCCCGCCCCACCGGGGGCUGGAGUCCCAAAGAGCCCCUUCGUCCUGGCCCCCAAUGCCACCCACCUCGAGUGGGCCCGGAACGCCAGCCUGGCCCCCGGGGCCUGGCCCCCAGCGCACUCCCUCCGGGCCUGGCUGGCCGCCGCGGGCAGGGCCUGCACGGACGCCUGCCUGGACCGCGGGCUGGUCUGCGAGCCCUCCUUCUUCCCCUUCCUCAACAGCCAGGCCGCCUUCCAGAAGCUGCAGGUGCCCUGUGACAGCACCGAGUGGGAGAUGAACCACCUGUACCCGGCCUUCGCCCAGCCCGGCCGGGAGUGCCUCCUGCAGAAGGAGCCCCUGCUCUUCAGCUGCGCGGGCGCCAGCGCCAGCCACCGCCGGCUCUGCCCGUGCCGGGACUUCCGCCGGGGCCAGGUGGCCCUGUGCCGGGACUGCCUGUGA